AUUGAGGGGGCAAACAGAAAGACAAGAUUCCUGAGCGCUCGAGCCCCCUUCCCAUGGUUAUGCGCAGGUCUCUCCCCCCCGAGCCCGUCUGCUGACACCAGCGCCGGGUGGAGAGUGCGGACGGGUGGAGGCGUCCGGGUGGAGCGUGCCUGCGCAAACCCUGGCACAUCAAACCCUGAUCCCGCUGCAGAGACGCUCUCUGAGGAUGAUGGAGCCGGCGUUUCCGCUCAGAAAGAUUGCGUUGGCUCGCUCUUUUCCCUCACUGAUUUCCAUGACAACAAUUUGGGCUGGCAAAGAAUCCGACACCGGGAUCUCGGCGGCUCAUUGUGCGCAAAGUGAGGUCGCUGAUUGGCCCGAGGGAAGCACCGUAACUACACAGAGUCUAUAGUCAUUGAGCUGCUUUGAGUGCUGGGCUAUUAUAGAGGCUGGACAUCACUCAGCCAGCGCAGACACUUCAUUCUGCUCCAGACAUGGGAGCUCCUCAGGGUGAGCAUAUGUGCACGUGCGGACGCUGUAAACGCUCUGAGGUCUGACCGUCAUGGCCAGCUCUGACAGCGAGGUGAAGACGCUCCUGAACUUCGUCAAUCUGGCUUCCAGCGACAUCAAGGCAGCUCUGGACCGCUCGGCCCCCUGCAGACGCUCUGUUGACCACCGCAAAUACCUGCAGAAGCAACUGAAGCGCUUCUCACACCGAUACGCCAAGCUGCCGCGCUGCCGAUCCGGCGACGCUGCCUGUGCGAGACUCUCCCAGCAGAAAGCAGCGACACCGGAGGAUGAGGUGCGACCGGAGCAUGUCCCGAUGCGGGAUCGACAGCUGCCGGCAAGCUUCUGGAGGGAACCGCAAUCUUGCUCGUCCAGCGCAGGCUGGGAGCGUCUGCAGAUCCGAAAACACAGCAGCGCUGCCGAGAACAGAACCAUGAUCUGUGAAGACUCUACAGUGAUGCUGGAUCCCCACAGGAGGAGUGUGGUGUGUGGGUGCUGCCCGCUCCAGUACCGCUCGCUCCACAGCCGCUUUCUGUUCCCCGACGCAGCGUUCAGGAGCAAACCCAACACCGGGGAACCAGCGCAGAUCUGCAGCGACGCACAGCAGAGGAACAGCACGCAUGUGGUCAUCAAACCCAUCCCCACCAAACCCACCGCAGCAUCCUCCAUCUUCAGUGUGUUCGGCUUCAUCUAGAGCCCGGAUCUGGACUGAACUAACCCAGAUCUGGACUCAUUUGAUCAGUUUCCCGAUCCUCCGAGCACUUCUGCACUGAUGCAGCUUCAUCACACAACUUUAAUCAGCAGUUUCUGUAUUUUGGGAUUCAUUUAUUUCCCCAGUUUAUUUGUGCUGUUGAGUGUCAUUAUGGGAUGUUGAUCAUUCCUCCAACAACAACUAACCUUGAUCAGUGUGUAUAAGUGUGUUUCCUGCACAUGUGUGAUGGUGUGCAGUGCUGUAUAGUGUGUGUUGGUGUUGUAUAUUACACUACAGACACAUUGUGAUGAUCUGCAGCUCAUGUUCUGUUAUUAUACACACUUUAUUUCUCUACAGAUUAUUUCUGAUUAUAGUUUUACUGAAAUGUCAGUAAAAGUCUCUGUGUUAAACUGUAGAGUUGAGUUAUCAACAUCAGAAGUGGACAGAUCAACAUCCCAUAAUGCAGUUCACCACCGCUAAUACACACAUGUGAACAGGGAACCGUUGAUAAACAGAUGUAGUUUACAGGGCACUCGGUGCUCCGGUGAGCCUGGAUUAGGAAGACCUCCGUGCAGCUGGAGUGGACUGUUCUGGAUUGGACUUCUGAUUAGUUUGCUGGCUGAUGAUUGGUCUGUUCUCUGUCGACUGUGUGUGCGUUUAACAGUAGAGGAGAACAGUGUGAUUAUUGUUUUACAGUCUAGAGAUUAUUUAUUGCUUUUAGUUGACCUGUGAAGAAGUCUGAUAUACGGCAAUAUAUGCACACGACAUGACGAUUACACAACACAGAAGUCCAAAUAUUGGGAAAAUGAUGUUCACUACUAUUUUCCCAAUGAUCGGAAGUACAAAUAUGUAAGUAUAUGUUCGACAAUAUUAUCUACAAACAGAGUUAAAGUCCAAUAUAUCUUCAGUGCUGUUUAACAGGAGAGUCUAGAAGGGAUACAGCUGUGGAUACAAACGUCAAUAUAGCACAGCUUUUGUGACCCUGUACAAUGAUUAUUAUUAUUAUUAUAUAUUACUGAAGGCAGGGGUAGAUGUUAAUAAAAUACAAUACAUAAUAAUUCUUUAACCUUCUGGCCUCCAGCUGGAUCUUUUCUAGCAGCAACCAUUUCCCUAUAUAUGUGUCUCUGCAGGAAAUAUCUUAUUUAUUUGAGUGUGGCGAGAAUUAAAGCAGUUUAUACAUUUUAAACCAUUUUAAGGUCAAUAUUCAGCAAUAUUAGUGUUGGAUUGUCUCCAGAAUAAACCACUGUUAUACAAUGACUUACCUAAUUACCCUAACUUUACCCUAAUUACCCUAACUUUACCCUAAUUACCCUAACUUUACCCUAAUUACCCUAACUUUUGCACUUUAAGCUGAACACUAUUUUUUUGUAAAAUAUGAUGUACUGUCAAUAGAAAUUAGUUAUUAAAACUAUUCGUUGUGCGUUGGAAAAAAAACAUCUCUGUUAAGCAACACUGGAAAUAAUUAAAAAUGAUUUCAAAGGAGCGAAUAAUUCUAGCAAACUACUAUAUAUAUAUACUUUACUAUAUGUACUAUACUAUACAUAUAUUCGGUAGUCAACAUUUGAAGUGGAUCAAAACUGUCAAAGUUGUGCUAAAACUAUUGAACAGUGCUCAUUCAUUGACUGUUCUGUGUGUGUGUUGUGUGUGUGUGUGUGUGUGUGUGUGUGUGUGUGUGUGUGUGUGUGUGUGUGUGUGUGUGUGUGUGUGUGUGUGUGUGCGUGUGUGUGUGUGCGUGUGUGUGUGUUCAUAUACCGCCAUAUAUCA